GCGGCUAAGACCUUGACGUGUCCCCGCAGGAGACGCCAUGGACGCGGUGGUGAGAUUAUCGCUGCUGGUCGGCGUGCUGGUGCUGAGCGCCGCGCUGCCGGCCCGGGCGCAGCAGGACUACGACACCACGGCCGCGUCUACCGAGGUGGAUCAGGACCAGUCGUGCGAAAUUUUCGGCGGACCCGCCUGCGUCACCGAGGCCCCCGUGCCCGGCCUCUACAACCCGUGCGACUGCCCUGACAGGUCGGGCGACCGCUGCGAGUGCGUAUGGUUUUACCAGUGCGACAACACGACGGGCGUGUACAACACGGAUGGGAAGGGCGUGCUGGACGUGAGGAAGAAGGAUGGCUGCGCGUCGGUGGAGUUCCGCUGCUGCAGGAUCGACAUCCCAAAGGACAAGCGCGAAAAGCCCGAGCCGCACAAGGACUUCCCCCUGCCGACGUCCCCCCCUACGAGCGCGUGCGGCGUGCGCAACGUGGGCGGCGUCGCCUCCGUCAUCGUCAACAACAACGAGGGCGAGGCGGGCUUCGGGGAGUUCCCCUGGAUGGCGGCCAUCCUCCUGUCGGGCAAGUCGGGCGAGGACUACAAGUGCGGCGGCGCCAUCCUCAACGACGUCGUGGUGCUCACCGCGGCGCACUGCGUCAAGGGGAUUGCACCGUCCCGACUCAAGGUCCGGGCGGGUGAGUGGGACAGGGAGACGACGUCCGAGCUGUACAAGCACCAGGACCGCGUCGUGAGCAGCUACGUGCUGCACGACCAGUACUACGGCGGCAACAACCAGUACGACGUGGCGCUGCUCGUGCUGGACACGCCGCUGCAGCUCGGCCGCCACAUCGGCACCAUCUGCCUGCCGGAGCCCGGGGACGGCACCGUCUUCGACAACGAGCGCUGCUUGGUCGCGGGCUGGGGCAAGGACAAACUGGACGACCGCUGGCCGCACCGCUACCUCAAGCGCCUGGAGCUGCCCGUGGUUCGGCGGGACGAGUGCGAGAACUUGCUGCGGUACACGGUGCUGGGCGAGGAGUUCAACCUGCACGCCAGCUUCCUGUGCGCGGGCGGCGAGGAGGGCAAGGACACGUGCAAGGGCGACGGCGGCAGCCCGCUGGUGUGCCCCAUGGCUGACGGCAACUACCAGGUGGCCGGGGUGGUGGCCUGGGGCGUGGACUGCGGGCUUGCCGGAGUGCCCGGGCUGUACGCCAACGUGCCCGUGGUGCGCGGCUGGAUCGACAAGACCCUCAGUGACCUGGGCUCCACCCCGCGGAUCAAGUCCACGACGUGAGCGGCCCGUGCGCUGCUUGGGCUCGCUGGUCAGCCACACUUCGCCCACGCAAAGACAUAGAGCAGACAGUGUUGUUGGACCUCCGGCGCCUCACGCCAUAGGCUCUGCGACGCUCUGCGUGCGUCGCGGGUUCUCCCCGCCGUAUGCCCCGUGACGUCCGGCCUCACGUGCCCGGGCGACACGCCCACAUCGGCACAUACACACGCACGUACAUGCAGACAGUCCCCUCAGUCGGGCAUGUCAACACGGGGUACACACAUCAUUCGCUACCUGUUUGCCAUCGGUCGCGCGGGGCGGGCGCGGGGCUCAGCGCUCAGCCCCGUCCGGUCUGCGAGGCUGCGAGGGAAUCCCCAACCGGUCCACAGCCAAUAGGAGGCGGAGCUUCACGCCCAGCGCUCGGGCCCCGCCGACCCCGCCCUGCCCAGCUCGUCUCUGUAAGGGCACCAGCGCCGCUCUGCGCCCUCAAGUCCAGCGGCUGCCAACGAGUCGUGGAUCGAAAAGGCUGACCAAAGAUGCCGACGGGCACCGCUCGCCUACUACCACUAUCACCACCACCACUACCAGUCGAGGCGGUACGCGAGAAGAGACGGAAGGUUUGUGAACGGUGCGUGAACCUGUCGAACAUAGCGGCUCAAGCGAUUCCACGCGGCUGCCCAAUCGUCAACGUGCAUCCCGAUAUCGUUCAGUGACACCAGUGAUACCCGGUACCCGGUGAUACCUGCCUGGAGCCUCAAUGCUCUCACCGCGACUCGCUGGAUCCCACAGCAAUCUUCGGGAGUCAAUAGGCAAGAGGAUUUUUAGUCCCCAGAAGUUAUCAAAUGUCUACCAAACGAAAUCGAGCCUUCAGUUAUUUUAAUCCCGCCAUGUUUAUGUACUUAUAUUACAUUUGGCUUGAAACAAGCCCAUUUUCUCAUUCCCUAACCUCCUCUGCUCCGAACGUAAGAUGCAUUAUUACAAUAAAUUGAUACUAGUAGUA